AUGACAGCAGUUAUGGAUUACAACCCACCACCAGCAUUCGGCUCUAAUGGCCAAGAUACCUCUCACGUUCAAAUGUCCAAUAUCAAGAACUCAAUACGAGAGGCUUUCCCCAGGACUUCGGAACUAUUGAACCUUCUAGAGCAGACAAAACAUAUCCGCGACGAUGUUGCUCUACAACAAAAGGUCGUCACAGACCUUGAGUCACAGCUAGCAGACUCAAACAGGGAACUCGAAGGAUUAGAUCGCAAGCGUCUAGCUGACUUUGAGUCACAUAAAAAGUACCGCGAUGGCCAUGCUAUGAAAUUUCUUUACAAGAUCGGCGGUAAAGAGAAUUCAUUUACAGGGCAGGCUGAGAAGGAAGAGCAGAAUUAUCACAACACGCUUCAACAGGCGCAUCACGCGGCAGAACACAACUCAAGUAUCAAGGCAAAGUUGGAAGAAGAGCUCGCGAAGAAGAGGGAGCUUGACCAGAGCAUGCAGUAUUAUCUUGAUCUUCAGAAGCAACUGGACGACAUUUACGACGAUAUCUUCUCCGGCCCAACGCCUGAUUUCCCAGAGGAGGAUGAAAAGGAGCGACGAAGCGAUGCUGCCUUGUCUACAUAUGUCUCUACAAAGUCAGCCUAUGAACUACACCAAAAAGCGCUAGAUCUUCUUGAGCAAUCAACAGCGACAAUGUCAGCUGGUCUCCAGCAAGUAGAAAAGGCUCUUCAGUCAGGAGACAUGAAUUCCAUCCGCUCCCUAAAUCAGGGAAGAGAACUCAUUCAGCAGAGCAAGACGACGGUCGAUCAGCUGGUGCAGCUCGGUUCAGACGUUAUCAGGCUUCCUCCCGAGGCUAACCCACGUACUAUGGAGGUUACAUCCAAUUUGGGUGAAGUCUGGGGAAAAGUGGAUGUCACAGGUGGUCGACAAGAAGUAGCUCGAUGUACAGCUGCUUUGGAGAAUUGUUUGAGUGAAGCAAAGGAGAAGAGAUAUUAUUUGUCCAAGGAGUUGAAGCGCAAGGGAGAGGAGAUGGAGGAAGCGAGGACGGAGUUGCAAAAGAUUCGACAGAGUAUCUUUGAGGAGGUUGUAGGCGAUGACUUGAUCAAAUCAUAG